AAGCUUAAAUAAUGACGCCCAUUGCUCUUGACUUGUUCCUCGUUCUCGUCUCUCAAUUACAGAGUUGACCAUUACACCUAACUCUGAAUCGAUCUAAUCGAGUUUAAGAAUCUGAGAUGGGGAAUCUCUGCUGCUGCAUCGGAGAUGGCGGGAGAAGAACAAGAAGAGGGAAGAUCAAUGUUUCUCCAGCGACUCAAACUCAACAACCUCAACCUCCUUACAUCGAGUACGAGAAACCCGCCACGAUUCGCAACGACGUUAACCUGAGGAAGGAGACUCUGAGGCUCGAACCCGACCCGGAGAACCCGGGUCAACUCCUCGUCUCCUUCUCGUUUGAUGCAACCGUCCCGGGAAGGAUCACAGUCGUUUUCUUUGCGGAAGAAGACUCAGAGUUCAAUCUCACAGCAACAAAGGCAGAUACUUUACCACCGAUCACAUUCGAUUUCGAAAAGGGAGGACUUGGUCAGAAGUACAUACAACCAUCUGGAACUGGUGUAGAUCGUUUAUCGGUUCCGGAGCUGUUCAAGGAGGAGGUUGAAAGAUGUAUCUAUCCGCUGGCGGUUAAGAUAGAGGCAGCUCCAGAAGAAGGAUCAUCAUCAUCCACAUCCACGAAUGCUCAGAUUACUCAAGUGACGUUUGUGAAGGAGAACGGAGAGGUUAAAAGUAAAACCAAUGUUAUGAAGCAGUUCCUAUGGGUGAGUGGGUCGAGAUAUGAGUUGCAGGAUAUCUAUGGAACUGGGGAUGCAAGUGACCAGGGAAAAGAAUGCGUUGUAUGCUUGUCUGAACCACGCGAUACCAUUGUUCUUCCUUGCAGACACAUGUGUAUGUGUAGCGGAUGUGCUAAGGCGUUAAGGUUUCAGAAAAAUGAGUGUCCUGUUUGCAGACAACCUGCUGAGAGGUUUGUGGAGCUCGAGGGAAACGGUAACAACAAUGGAGAUGAACAUAUUUAGUUUAGCAAUCAACUUGUCUAAUAGUUGUAAUUUGAGAUUUGUAAUAAUCCUGCAAUGUUUAUAUUAUGUUCUUCAAUGUAUAUUUCCUCUGUUUAAGUGGACA